AUUGGUGUAGAGAAUCGUUGGGAAGCUUGGGUAUUAUCGAAGACAUCUGCUUCGUUCGUUCGUUUAUUUGUUGUUUUUUUGCUGGUAUUCCAUAUACAAGCACCACAAGUCACAAGCUCCACGGUUCAUCUCCUCUCUCUCCCUCUGUAAGACAUAGAGGCAAUGACUUCCAUUUCUACUUCCCUUUCUUUGACGAGAAACCCACUAGACUCACCUGGCUUGCCCCUAAAGCCAUUGGAAAGAAGUCUCGGAAAUGCUCGCACCACGAAUGUGUCAUUUUGCCCAAGUCAUCCUAGGAAAGCACAACUAUCCACCUCUAGAGGAACACUCAGAAUUCAAGCGAGCUAUCGUGAUGACGGAAGGCCAAGCAAUGGAAGUGUCUUUGUUGGUGGUUUUGUCUUGGGAGGACUCGUAGUUGGUGCCCUCGGAUGUGUAUUUGCUCCUCAGAUCAGCAAGGCACUCGCUGGCACUGACCGAAAAGAUCUCAUGAGAAAACUGCCUAAAUUCAUCUAUGACGAAGAAAAAGCUCUGGAGAAAACAAGGAAAGUGCUUGCUAAGAAAAUUGAACAACUGAACUCUGCAAUUGAUGAAGUUUCUUCUCAGCUCCGAUCAGAGGAUGUCCCAAAUGGAGCAGCUGUGAAUUCAGAUGAAAUUGAAGCAGCCAUUUGAGAUAACUCUUCACUUUUACAUAGAAUUGAAAACUCUGAAGUGGAACAUAUAUGUUUUGAGUCAUUGUGUUUGUUCUAUGUUAUGCUUAAUAACUACGUGUAUUACAUGAUAUAAUAUUGACAUGGAAACAUGCAACUUUUUCAAAAAUGAUAUUGAAAACCAAAUUCUGACAGAA